AUGGAUCGGCCACGUCGGUCUGCACGGCAGUCGGCGUCCGCACAUCACUCACCCGCGCCAACAUCGACGCCAUUCGCAUCGGCGAACGUUGGUUCAUCGUCGCAGAUCGCCUCCAACAUGGUGGCUCCCGUUGGCAUGGCGAAUGGUAUCUCGGUUUCUUCGCGCUACGAAGCAGGAUCUUACGCAUCACCCGUAGCGUACUCGCAUCCAGCCGCAUCACGACCAGCGUAUCACCAAACACCAUCCGCUUCGGAUAGCGGCUUGGCACGAUCACAGCAGCCCGUCAUGCAGCCUCGUCAUUCGUCGUUCGGACCAUCAGACUCGCAGGUCGUCAGCCAAAUAGCCUUGCAAUCGCUGCCACAGACUUUCAUCAUGGGUCGAGGAGCCGCGCCCAUCGCUCCGGGUACACCUUCAGCCCCGUCAAGACCAUGCGGCACUGCUGCUUCUGGUGCUACUGUUCCGCAAGCCAUGUACAGCACGUUUCCUGCUCGUAUCAAGGCAGGCACCACCAACCUGCUGCAAACUAUGCCGCAAUCAGAAUGGUAUGAUCCUUCGGGCAAACCUCUGGACCCUUUUAGCACGCCUAGUCAUGAUGCUUCCGGCGGCUCUACGCCUUAUCGCUCUUCGCGAGCAAGCGGGCGUCGGCGUGCAGCUGCGGGCUUCAUUCGCUACGCCGAAGCUGGUAGUUCAGAUGACGAGUUCGAAGAGGAUGUCGGAACCGAGGACGAAGCCGGGUCUCGCGGCGUCAAGAGGGGCAUCGAACAUGAGUCGGAAGAAGACUCUUCACGCGCAUAUCUGGGAUUGCCGCCGCCAGCGUCGAAAAUGGUAGCCAAACGCGUCUACCACCGCACGAACCACGUCUAUCACACCGACGACGAUCUGGUGCGCCAAGCAAGUCGAAAUGAGAUCCUCGUACCGAUCAAGAUUGAUCUAGAAGCCGAACAGUACCGCAUCAAGGAUUCGUUCACAUGGAACAUGAACGAGCGGCUCAUUUCUCCGCACCACUUUGCCAAGCUUCUACUGGAAGAUUUGGAUAUUCCUGUGGAACCGUAUGCUACGCAGAUCAUGAACAUGAUCAACCAGCAGAUCGACGACGCCACUGGUGUCGCGGAUAUCGAAAUGGAGCCGGCGGCGGGGGGUGUGUGGGCAUCGGCACGUUUCGACGACAAGCAGGGCGAGCUCGAGCUGUUGCUGCCUGAAUGCGAGCGUGAUCAGUAUGAUCCGGUGGAAGAGGCUACGAAAGAAGGUCGACCCUGGAAUUGGGGUUUGGAACGAACCGACGAACAGCAGCGUCAAUGGCGCAAGCAGAUGGCGCAACGACUCGAUGCGGGUCGAGGACUGGGCGAGUUCGAAGAUGACCUGCGCGUGAUCGUCGAUUACGAAGUGCAGAUUCUGCGACACAUGCUGCGCGAUCGACUCGAGUGGGAUCUGUGUUCACCACUGACGCCGGAAUCGUUUGCUAGGAAGCUGUGCGACGACUUGGGAUUGUCGGGCGAGGCACAGGCGUUAAUUGCGAACAGCGUGCGUGAACAGCUGAUCAACCAUAAACGGGCCGCGCUCGAGCUGGGGCUCGUGGGAAGCGGCAAAGUGUUGAAGGACAAGGAGAAGGAGAUUGAGGCGGCGUGGGCUGAGUUGCAUGCCGAAAAGCUCGAAAAGCAGAGAAAGAGGUUGGAGCGUGGCGAAUCAGCCACGUCGGUGACGGAUUGGCAGGUGCAGUCACGCGAUGCGACGCGAGCGAAUCCGACGCGCGAGGCUUCGGUACAACCGAGUGCUCCGGAUAGUGACCAAGAGCGCAAGCCGGCGGAGGAUGGAGAGCAUGACAAGACACACUUGUCGAGUGCAGCUGCUCAAGCUGGUGAAACAGCGAGAGAGGACUCUGGUACGCCAGCGGCUAGGGGGGAUGAAGCGCAAGAUGACGAAGAAGAUGUCGAAACGCUGCACCUUACCGCGACGGCCACAGCGGCACCUACGCGCGAGGGCACAUGCACGCCAGCCAUCCAAGCGAGCACUACCAGCUCGUCGAUCCCUGCCACUCGCUCGUCGGCGCGCCUCUCAAACAUGCUCUUGGACGCCACGCCCGCGCAGCCGACCACGUUGUCAACAUCGACGCCCCCCGCGGCCGGCGCUACGUCUGGCGUCGCUAUCCAACCAACGCUGAGCGCAGCACAACGUCUACACAACGCCACCUACACGGUCCGUGAAAUCCUCUCGCGCGGCCCGCGCCCACUCGACGGCAUCUGGAGAGACUGGCUCGAAUCGCGAGAAUUUGGUCCGCUCCUGGAAACACUCAACGACGACGACCUCGACAAACUCGAGGAAGCCAACAUUCGUGCGUCCAGAAGAAACAGACGCGACGCCGCCAGAAGCUUGGGUGGUAGAAGACGUCGUUAA